AAUUAACGGUAAUAGACCGUAUUCGAAUUGCAUUAUCAAACAUUGAAAAGGUUCCGGCACACAAGAUUUCUUCACCACCACAUCAGAAACGCAGAGCUAGUGUGGCGAUAAUAAUUCGAAUUUGGCCCAAUCCAUCAACAGUUUUUCGCACUGAUAGGUCAUCAUCAUCCUUGGAAACGCCAGAAAUAAGUAAUUUGGAUGAUUUCUGGAAAUUGCCAUGGGUAAAAAACGGAGUGCCGGAGAUAUUGUAUAUAAAACGAGCAUUAAGGGAUGGGGAUCGUUGGAGUGGUCAAAUGGCCUUCCCAGGUGGAAAACAGGAUCCCGAGGACGUAGAUGAUUUAGAUACCGCGGAAAGAGAAACAUUUGAAGAAGUUGGCUUCGACCUCGGAAAUAAUGAACAAUUCAUCUGUGUUGGAGCAUUAGAUGAUUUAGAGGUUACUACGACAUUCGGCAAAAAAUUAUUGAUGAUUCUAUGUCCUUUCGUUUUUCUACAAGUGACACGGGAAUCUCCGCCAGUCGAGAUAUCGGGAUCAGAGAUUGCAUCGGCGCAUUGGGUUCCAAUCUCAACUUUCUUUGAUCCUCAGCUCACUCAAAAAAGGAAUCCCAUCUCAAUCGAUCUAUCAUCUCGUUUAGCACCAAAAUCUUGGAUACUUCAAAAUAUUCUAAAGACUUUAGUAGGUCGGAUGCAUUUUCAUUGUAUCGAUAUACCUCGGUUUGAUUCCAAUCAACGUCUAUUGCCCUUACCGUCGGAAGCAACACAGGGGGCAGACGUUCAAACGCUAAGACUUUGGGGAUUAACACUGCAAAUGACAAGUGAUUUGAUGGAUAUGAUGUAUAGACCCGAAGAGAAACCACCGAGAAGAUUAGAUGCAUUGCGACCAAAAUUUGACUAUUGGGAUGUGAAUUUUUUUAUAUGGUGUUUCCUGAAGAAUAAUCGCGUACGAUAUCGAAGGCACCGAACAGAUUUUGCAAAUAGAAGGUUUGUAUAUUGCUUCAUCCGUUAUUUAUCCUUAUUGAUUAUUCGUUAUAAGAGAUAUUAA